CUAAAAUUAUGGAAGUCAAAAAUUAUAAUGGCUGGCGAUUCUGUCCCAAAUGUAAGAAUCUUCUUAAACCAUAUCAUGAUGGAGAUAACACUGAAAUAUUGCAAUUUAAAUGUAGAAAUUAGGAAUGUGGAGAUAAUGGUAUUAUCGAAGUCAAAAUUGAUAAGUCAUAUAAUAAAGAAGCUCUCUUGCUUAAAAAAGAUUAUUAGGCAGCCAAAGCCAUUGAUAUUACAGAUAAUACACUUAUACUUGAUCCAUCCAUGCCUAGAAAAAGAGUUAUUUGUAAUAAGUAAUUAAUUACAUCCUAUUUAGAUGUAAUUAUGAUGAAGCUAUCUAUUUUCUUAAAACUGAUAAGAAUGAAAAGGAAAUCAUUAUUCAGUAUAUUUGUGCCAAUAAAAACAAUCCUAUUUGUGGAAAUAAAUGGACGUAAUUCUAUUUUUUUACUAUUUUCUAGUUAAAAGGAAAUGAAUGAGCCCUAAUUAACUUUAUAAUGA